UCAGCAAGUGCGUACUGGGAGCACGAUCAAUACUUAUUGACGUCGGGUUGUGUCUCGGGUGUACUGUAAAAGGUUUUUCUGUGGAAUAGAGCAUCCAGUGACUGCCAUACUUAUUCCUAGUUAAUGUUGAAACCUGGCUGUUCAAGUGUAUCCCAGGGCUUGGUAUUUGAGUGAAGGGGUUUCAGGCAUAAUAAGAUGAGACGAUAAAGGGAAGUCGACUGCUAGACUUAUGAUGUAGAACAUUUGAGUGCUCCCAAUUCAACCAGUAUUGUAAACCAUGUUACCAAAGCCAGCAUCAGCAACGGUGGAAACACAGUAAGCCCAAUAACUAUGGGUGAUGCAUGCAAAAAGGAUUUUUGUCCACGUUUGGUGGAUUAUUUGAUUAUUGUAGGAUCACGCCAUCCUAGUCGUAACAACUCAGUGGCAUCAACUCCUGAACUGUUACGGCGUUAUCCAGAUGUAGAUCACCCAGAUUUUGCCCUUGCCCCUGACAUUGUCUUCUUCUGUCAGCCAGAGGGAUGUAUAAGUGUGGGGCCCAAACGCAUGAGCCUGAGAGAAUCCACCUCGUUUGUUUUCACAUUGACUGAAAAAGACAGUGGCAAAACACGGUAUGGGAUAUGUGUCAACUUCUACAGACCCUUCAUCAGAAGGAGUAAAUCCGAAUCUUUAAGCAAACGUUCAGAAAGAACAGAAUCUGUGAAAUCGUCUGAAUCUUCCAACAGUGAUAGAAGUGCCAAUGUUCCUGGGGGAGAAAAACCUCGUGCACGUCGUCGAUUGUCUAACAAAGUGAGAAACCACACAUUGACAUCUUUGUGUCUGGUCAGCCAUCAUCCAUUUUUCUCCAAGUUUCGGGAAUGUUUAACAGUGUUGCGACGCUUGAUUGAUGGGUGCAAUGAGAGGUGCUCUAUGAAGAGAUUGGGAGGUUCAGUGAAGGGCAGUCCAAGGUGAGUAAUGUCAAAAUGUGCUGUCAUUUCUCUCUUGGGGCCAGGUUUCAGAAAA